CGCAACAGGCUUCGGGCAGCCCGCACACCGGCUAACAUCAUGUCCCCGGCAACUACUUCAAAUCGGUAGGGACCAAGGGCAAUUCAGCACAACGGAAGCAGUAGGAGACUGGUUUAGGUCCGACGGUAAAAAUGUUCCGUGUGACUUCCGGCACCUGAAAACCAACAUGGACCCCUCAGAGAAGACAACUACUCUAAGUCUCUCGGGCUCCGCAGAAGAGAAUUACUUUGUGACCUACACUUUCACAGAUCGCUCCCACAGCAGCCGAGUUGCUCAUAGCAUCAUGAAGCUGUGCAUGGAAGAUGAACUUUUUGCUGAUGUUACAAUCUUGGUGGAUGGUAAGGAGUUUCAACUUCACCGACUUGUGCUAUCUGCACAGAGCUGCUUCUUCCGCUCCAUGUUUACUUCAAACCUGAAAGAGGGCCGGAACCGAGUAAUUGAGCUGCGGGAUGUCAGUGAAAAUGUUUUCCAGCUGCUAGUGGAUUACAUUUACCAUGGCGCAGUGAAGCUUAGCAGAUGGAGUUCCAUGUUCACAGAAUCCUACUGUAGCAAUCAAAAACUGGAUCAAUUUCAACAAGGAAGAGCGUGAGGAAUUUUCUGAGAUUUUGGGUUCCAGCCUUAAGGAGAUUGGAGAAAAUGUACAUAUCUACCUUAUUGGUAAGGAGGAAUCUCGUACACACUCAAUUGCUGUCUCCCUACACUGUGCUCAAGACGAUUCCAUCAGCGUUAGCGGCCAGAACAGCUUGUGUCAUCAGAUCACGGCAGCCUGCAAGCAUGGAAGUGACCUUUACGUUGUUGGUGGUUCUAUCCCUCGGCGCAUGUGGAAAUGUAACAUGGAGACAAUGGACUGGGAAAGGUGUGCCCCACUUCCUCGAGACCGCUUGCAGCAUACUCUUGUCUCUGUCCUUAGCAAGGAUUCUAUUUACUCCCUGGGAGGAAAGACACUACAAGACACCUUAUCAAAUGUGGUAAUUUACUAUCGAGUGCCAGAUAAUGUCUGGACUGAAACAAGUCAACUAGAUGUGUCCAUUUCUGGGGCAGCUGGGGUAAAUAUGAAUGGGGUAAUAUACUUAUUGGGUGGGGAGGAGAAUGACCUUGACUUUUUUACCAAACCUUCACGCCUCAUACAAUGUUUUGAUACCAAAAGUGAGAAAUGCCAUGUAAAGCCCUAUCUUCUGCCCUUUGCGGGGCGCAUGCAUGCAGCCGUGCACAAGGACUUGGUCUUCAUAGUAGCAGAGGGAGACUGUUUGGUCUGCUACAACCCACUGCUGGACAGUUUUACAAGGCUGUGUCUUCCUGAAGUCUGGAGUGCUCGACCGUCGCUAUGGAAAAUUGCCAGCUGUAAUGGUUUCAUAUAUGUCUUCAGAGAUCAUUACAAGAAAGGAGAUGCAAAUACCUUUAAACUGAAUCCAGCAACCUCUGUUGUGACUGUGACUAGUGGUGUUCGGGUCUUGUUAACAAACCUGCAGUUCUUGUUGGCGUGAUCAUUGUCCAGCCAUAUCUGUAUGGCCUCCAACCCUUAUUGAACAGGCUUCUUUGUGUUUAGCAAGCAUAAGCCAGGGCUUCAUGUAAGAUGGCUUUCUAGUUAAAGGGACACUGAACCCAACAUUUUUCUUUCAUAAUUCAGAUAGAGCAUGCAAGUUUAAGCAACUUUAUAAAUUACUCCUAUUAUCAAUUUUUCUUUGUUCCCUUUGUAUCUUUAUUUAUAAAAAAAAAAAGUAGGAAUGUAAGCUUAGAAACCGGCACAUUUUUGGUUUAGAACCCUGGGCAGCGCUUGCUUAUUGGUGGCUACAUUUAUCACCAGUCAGCAAGCACCAAAGAUGAGCCGGCUCGUUAGCUUACAUUCUUGCUUUUUCAAAUAAAGAUACCAAAAGAAAAAAGAAAAAUUGAUAAUAGGAAUAAAUUAGAAAAUUACAUGCUCUGUCUGAAUCAUGAAAGAAAAAAUUUGGUUUAAGUAUCCCUUUAAGGUUAAUGCGUUCCUCUACUUCAUUUUUUUAUUCUUUGUUAUGAGUCCAACAGCAUUAGCCAUAGGGCUUAAGGUUAAUGUUUUCCUCCACAUGCUUUUGCGUUUUACCACAGAUAUUGUGAUGUGAAAUAAGAAUUCCUGUUGAAAUGUCCCUAUUAUUUGCAAACAUAGAUCUAAUUGCUACUGUGCCGUUGUACGCAGUAGAUAGAGGAGUUAAUAGAGAAGGGAUUUCUGCCUCUCUGCUAAGGGAAACGGCAAGAUUUAGUGGAAUUCAUUCCUAAUAAAACCACAGAUGUUAAGGAGCAGGGAGUAUUGCAGUUGUUGAGCAAGUGUGGGGAUGAAUGCAGUUUAGAUAAACUGCAUGUAAUGAGAAAAAAUGGAUCUAUAUUACAUUACAAAAGAAGAUGUUUUCCUUUUUUUUUUUUUUUCCCCCUAGUCAUUUUUUUCUAUGAUUUUAGACAAUUCCUUGCAGUAGUUACAUUUGUCAUUAACUCUAAUAGCUCAGUUAGGUCUGCAUCACCAGGGUCUAAACACUAUAUUGUAUUACAUAUUAUUUUACAGUAGAUAUCUCUGCAGUAGAUAUCAUAGUUUCAAGCCUUGUCAAUUGCUUGUCUGAGUUCUGCAUAUGUGGAUAUGUUUAUCGAAUUGUUAGAGUUACAGAAAUGGCAGCCAAGGAUCCGCCUGGAAACUGCCUGGUCUGUAGAUGGGUUUUGGGUGAAAUUAAUUGUUUAAGCAACUUUUAAGAAGUGUCUGUUAAGACCAAAGCUUUAUCAACCCCAUAGUCUUCUGAUAAAGGGAUAGGAAAAUCAAAAUUAAUUUGCAUGAUUCAGAUAGAUCAGGUCAUUUUAAUACACUUUUAAAUUCACUUCUAUUUUCAAAUGUGCUUCGUUCUCUUAGUAUCCCUUGUUAAAAAAUGAAUACGCACAUAUCAUACACUAGUGGGAGCUGCUGCUUAUUGGUGCCUGCACACAUUUGUCUCUUGUGAUUGGCUAACUAGAUGUGUUCAGCUAGCUGCCAGUAGUGUAAUGCUGAUCCUUCAGCAAUGAAUAACAGAAUUAAAUUGGAAAGUUGUUUAAAAUUGUAUGUUCUAUCUGAAACAUAAAAGAAAAUGUGGGGGUUUACUAUCCCUUUAAGCUGUUGUUGUUGAAACAUGAUAAUGUAUGUUUUUUUUCUGUCUUCAAAAAUCUGAUAUCUUUUAUAUAUACUGUAUUAAGUAUUUUUUUAAAUUAUAGUAAACUAUGAGGGUAUUGAAGAGUGCAAAUACAUCUAUGUACUGUACAUAGCUUCAUGGCAUAAGUUUAAUUUAAAGGGACAGUCUAGUAAAAAUGAAAUGUUCAUGAUUAAGAUAAGGCUUUUAAUUUUAAAUACUUUCAAAUUUACUUUUAUCAUCACAUUUGCUUUGUUCUCUUGGUAUUCUUUGUUGAAGACUAAACCUAGGUAGGUUCAUAUGCUAAUUUCUAAGCCCUUCAAGGCCGCCUCUAAUCUCAGUGCAUUUUGACCGUUUUUACAGCUAGACAGCACUAGUUCAUGUGUGCCAUAUAGAUAACAUUGUGCUCACUCCCGUGGAGUUACCUAGGGAGCCAGCACUCGUUGUCAAAAUAACUGAAAUAAGGGGGCAGUCUGCAGAGGCUUAGGUACAAGGUAAUCACAGAGGUCAAAAGUAUAUUAAUAUAACUGUGUUGGUUAUGCAAAACUAAGGAAUGGGUAAUAAAGGGAUUAUCUAUCAUUUUAAACAAUAAAAAUUCUGGAGUAGACUGUCCCUUUAAGUUCAGAAAUGUUCUGUAUGGCUGAGGAAACAUUACACAAAAUCAGCUCUGUUUCAAAUGAGAAAAUAAAGGUGAAGGAACAAUUUGUAAACUA